ACACCCCUGAUCUAGAGGUUUUUAUAACUAAUAUCUACAAAAAGUCCUAAUAAGGUUGGAUAUUGUGUGGAUCCCUGUGUUCUGAGGACAGAGCCAGUUGUAUUCUUGUGGGAUGAGGCUACUAUGUUAAAACACAAUAAGGUUGAUUUACACUAUGUGCAAGAGAGGCACUUUACGUUAGGCAAGUGAGUAUUUUGACCAUAUCAUUUUUAUACACCUCCAAGCUGUAUAAACUCGAAUCCUUAGUGGAUAUAAGGAUAUCAGGUGAUGAGUUUUUGUGUAAUGAAGGGGUGUGUGGCCUAAGGAAAUCAACACGUAUCAAGAUGUACGUAAUUAUUAGGCAGCUUCUUUUCCUCAGGCAAAAUAGGCCACUAAAGAGAUUUAACUGACUCUGAAAAGUCAAAAAUUAUAAAAAGUCUUUCAGAGGCAUGCAGCACUCUUGAAAUUGCUAAGAUAUUGGGGUGUGAUCACAGAACCAUCAAACAUUUUGUUGCAAAUGGUCAACAGGAUCGCAAGAAAUGUGUUGAGAGAAAAAGAAAAAUAUCUUUGGCAUUAACUGCCAAAGGUUUGAGGAGAAUUAAAUGUGAAGCUACCAGGAAUCCAUUAUCCUCCAGUGCUGUCAUAUUCCAGAACUACAACCUACCUGGCGUGCCCAGAAGUACAAGGUGUUCAGUGCUCAGAGACAUAGCCAAGGUAAGGAAGGCUGAAAUCCAACCACCACUGAACAGGACAUAUAAGCAAGACUGGGCCAAGAAAUAUCUGAAGACAGAUUUUUCAAAGGUUUUCUGGACUGAUGAAAUGAGUGACUUUUGACAGACCAGAUGGAUGGGCCCAUGGCUGGAUCAGUAACUGGUACAGAGCUCCACUUUGACUCAGACACCAGCAAAGUGAAGGUGGGGUAUUGAUAUGGGCUGGUAUUAUUAAAGAUGAGCUAGUUGGACCUUUUUGGGUUGAAGAUUGACUCAACUUCCAAACCUACUGCCAAUUUUUAGAAGACACUUUUUUCGAACAGUAGUACAGGAAAAAAGUCUGCAUCUUUCAAAAAGACCAUGAUUUUUAUGGAGAACAAUGCUCCAUCACAUGCAUCAAAGUACUCCACUGUGUGGCUAGCCAGUAAAGGCCUUAAAAGAUGAAAGAAUAAUGACAUGGGCUCUUUUCUCACCUGACCUACAUCCUAUUGAAAAUUUGUGGGUCCUUCAUAAAUGGGAGAUUUAUGGUGAAGAAAAACAGUAUACUCUGAAGUGUCUGGGAGAUUGUGGUUGCUGCUGCACAAAAAGAUGAUCGUCAACAAAUCAAGAAACUGACAGACUCCAUGAAUGGAAUGACAACAGAUGAUUUUAAACCAGCAUCUAUAGAUACGUCUUGUGAAGGGGAGCUUCAAGUUGGUAAAGGAGAUGAAGUCACAAUUACAUUACCGCAUAUUCCUGGUUCUACACCUCCAAUGACUGUAUUCAAAGGAAACAAAAGGCCUUACCAAAAAGAUUGUGUACUUAUUAUCAACCAUGAUACUGGUGAAUAUGUGCUUGAAAAGCUAAGCAGCAGCAUUCAAGUCAAAAAGACAAGAGCUGAAGGCAGCAGUAAAAUCCAAGCACGGAUAGAACAGCAAUCUGCUCGAGCUGCACAAUCUUCCACCCAGUUUAGAGCUCCAACAAAGCCUGCAGCUGGACCUAAAACUUCACCACUGAAAGACAAUCCUUCACCAGAGCCUCAAUUGGAUGAUAUUAAAAGAGAGCUAAGAGCUGAGGUUGAAAUUAUUGAGCAGAUGAGUAGCAGUAGUGGUAGCAGUUCAUCUGAAUCCGAGAGUUCCUCUGGGAGCGGUGAUGAAACUUCCAGCAAUGAUGGGGGUGAAACUGCACAUCCUCCUCCUUCUCAGCAGUGUAACAACAAGAAUGUAGUUGCCAAUGGUACUGGCAGGGCACAAGGCAACAAUCAACUCAUGAAUACUCUCAGAAAUGACUUGCAGUUGAGUGAAUCUGGGAGUGACAGCGACAAUUAAAUUACAUUUGCUGCUUUGGUUUCCCGGCAAAUAAAAAUGCAGAUUUAAUGAAGAGUAAUACAAAAGUGGUAACUGACUGACUGGAACCCAUCUAUAUAAAUAGAAUUGUUAACAUUAUGUGACCUGAAGGGAACAACAAAUGUUCUUGGAUAGAACUCUCCUCUGUUUAUUCUAUGUAUAAAUUAAACCUGUUGUAGUAUAAACGUCUAACUUUUUUCAGUAGGUGUAAAUAGUUUUAAUCUAAAACUGAAAUCUAUUUUCAAACAUGUCAUACACCAUGUAUUCUAAUAAGAUUCUUGCUUGAGUCCCUUGAAAAUUUAAAGCAAAAGUUAUUGGUAAGGUAGAUGUCAACCAUUUUAAAAAGAAAUAUAUACCAUAUUUUUCGGACCAUAAGACACACUCCCCCCCCCAAAAAAAAGUGGGUGGAAAUUUCUGUUUUAUAGAGCAAAUAUUGUGGUGGGGAGAGGAGUUGGUGGAAUGCUGAUCAUCUGUUCUAGAUGGAGGGGAUUGCCACCGCUGCCUAUCGCCACUGCUGCAGCCUGUUCGCCGUUAAUUGGCCCACGGUGGCAACGAACAGGACACAGUGAAAGGGCAGAUUUUUCUUGUUUUCUUCUUCUAAAGCUAAUGUGUAUCUUAUAGUCCUGAGCGUCUCAUAGUUCGAAAAAUACUGUAAUUUGAUAUUCAAUGAGAUAUCAGAAUAAGAAUGAUACCACCUAGAUUUCAUAAGUUUAAGGCAGGUGCACAAAAUUACAAAAGUGGAUAUUUAUGGUGAAUAAAAAUUCCCUUGUGACCAGGAAAGUUUAAUCAUUAAAAAAAACAAAAACUAUCUCACUCUGCUCCUGUUUUUUUCAGGCUGCCCUGAAAAUAUUUUAGGCUGUAAAACACUUGGCAAAGGCAUAUAUGAGCAGGCUGAUUAACAGAAUUUCUCAAAAACAAAUUGUGAAAUUAGCUGUAAGGAUUUACUAGGGCUUUUUUAUUUUUGCAGGAAAUUUAUAUGGCCAUUUGUGCGCAAAUAAAAAAAACAUACAAAUGCCAUCUUAUUACUUAUGCAAGUAUUUCAAAUUGUGCAUAUAUAUCUGCUAAGUAUUGAAGAAAUCAGUAUUGUUUAGUGCUCCACGCCCACAAGCACAAUUAAAUUAACAUUACAGUAUGCAUAUGAUUAACAUUUCUGUGAAUAGAAAUAAUUGUUAGAUUUUCUUGUUUAAUAUUUAAUGCAUAUAGCAUGGAAUGAUAAGGUCUGAAACUUCAGAUGAGAUAACAGAAAUACUGUUUCAUAUUGAUUGUGGAACCAUUGUUAGCCAUGCCAUACAAGAUUUUUGUUUCAAACACUGAUCAGGCUCAUCUGUCAAACUCCUCAGUUGAGUCAAUUUAAAUGAAUUUUUUUAAUUUGCAUUUAUAUCUCGCCCUUCUCCGAAGACUCAGGACGGCUUACACUAUGUUAAGCAAUAGUCUUCAUCCAUUUGUAUAUUAUAUACAAUGUCAACUUAUUGUCCCCAACAAUCUGGGUCCUCAUUUUACCUACCUUAUAAAGGAUGGAAGGCUGAGUCAACCUUGGGCCUGGUGGGACUUGAACCUGCAGUAAUUGCAAGCAGCUGUGUUAAUAACAGACUGUCUUAGCAGUCUGAUCCACCAGAGGCCCUGAUGUAGGCCCUUUUUGGUAGACUGCUUGUCUAGAGCUAACAAAUAAAUGGAGGGAGGUAAACUGUGGUACAUUCCGGGAAGUAAGGUAAUCUUUUUUGAGGGGGAGGGAGAACAAUACCCUUUAAACUUACCAUCAGGUAUAUGAGUCUUUCAUCACUGCCCAAAUUCAGAAUGAGGGUGAUGUUUGUUCAUUUUUGUUUUGUUUGACACAUUGUAUGCCAUUAAGGCUGUAAAAAUGAAGUUUCAAUGAAAUCUCAGAACAGGAUUCAUUUUUUUCUGUAGCAUUGCAAGAUGAAGUUCUAUUUACAUAAUUUUGACUAAAGCAAGAGAAAUUGUUCUGGUUAAUAAAUAUAUAAAUAUUAAUAUGGCUGCAAGGCUGCAGCCUUAUAUGUGGUUCUUCCAAAGUCAGCUUAAUUAGGGCCUUUUUAAAAAUGAAUUUUAUCAUGGAAUUUCAAUUAUUUUAUAGAGGCAUGCAAAUAGUAAUCUGAAGGAAAAGAAUACUGCAACAGGUGGGACAGGGCUUCCAAACUGUUCACAGUCUAUAAUAUUUGCACAGGAGAUGCUGUUUUCAUUCCUAAAGGAAAUUCUUCUGAUUCAUAUGGCCAAAAAAGCAGGACUAUUGAGACAACUGAAGUGUUCAACUAUUCAAGUAUUUAUUAAAAGAAUAAAAAUAGGAAUGAAAUGAAAUCUAAGAAGUAUAAUACAUUAUUUUUGAUGCAAUUUCGCUUCAAUUGUACUUGUACUAUCAAUAUUUGUUUAUAUUUCUGUAAUUUAGAUUAUAUUAUUUGUAACAUUUUGUAGUUUUUCUUUAAAAAUGUAUUUAAAUAAAAAAAUAAGCUUCAGCACAAA